UAACGAUCUUUACCUGAUCGGCUAAUGCCGCUAUCAACACGAUCGUACGAAGAGCGCUCGUGAUCGAUCAGCAAACACAACGAAAAGUGACAAGUAAAAGGCUAGUAGCUAGCUCUGUGUGUAUAUAAUACUCCAGUGAUGGACCCACAAGAGAGUCUAGAUGACAAAGUGGUGGACUUCCUGCUCCCCUCUGGUAUACUCAUUCCUCUGCCCUGUGGAGCUUUGCAAUCAUUGGAAGAUAUCAAGGACAAGCUCUGGAAAGAAGCUCAAGCUUUUCCUUUGUUCGGACUCAAGGCGGCGGAGUGGUACACACUGGUGUUUGUCAACUGUAAGGCAGAGCAAGAAGAGUGUUUAGAUGAGACACAGCGACUCUGCGAUGUCAAGAUGUACAAGCCUCUGUUCAAGGUGGUUGAGAAGAAAGGCAAUCAAGAUGAGAAGAUGUUGUCCACCAAGAUUGCCUGGUUACUGGGCAAAGGUAGUCUCAAGGAUUUUGAGACCGUGAGAGAAGCUGAAGUGAAUGAUUUCAGGGCCACCAUGAUUGAGGGAUGUAGAUCAGCCAUUGAGCAACGGAGUAGUUUUCGGUGGGAGCAGAAGGUGUUGUAUCAUUACCCUCCUGAUAUUGAGAGCAGCUCUGAGAUCACUCAGCUAGUGGCGGAUAGACUCAGUCCCCAGAACUCUUUCACUGUGUCUAUCCAUGCGUCCACAGAGGAUCAGAAGGACUUACGUUAUGUCCUGUCAGCUCUACCUAGUGACAAGGUGCCCUCUCUGUUGGAGAAAGCCGUGCGUCGGUUCAACAGAGCAGUGGGUAAGGAUCUAGCAGAACCGCAGGAUUAUAUCCUCAAGGUGUGUGGUCUGGAUGAGUACCUCCUGGGGGACUACCCACUCAUACAAUACAAGUGUAUCAAGAGAGCUGUGUCUAAAGGCAGCAAUGCUUUGCUCACUCUGGUGCCCAAGUCCUCCGUGUACAUGGACUACCCCACUGAGCACUUCCACCUCCCCUCCACUCUGCCCAAGAGAGACAGAGCUAAAAAGAAAGAGGCAUCUCUCUGGGACAUUGCUGGCAAGUUCCAGCUCAAGGUAGUGAGUGCUGGCAACCUGAAUGUAAGCAAGGAUGCCUCCAUACAAGUGCAUGCUGGUGUGUACCAUGGAGCUGAGGAAGUGUGUGCAGUGGGCAACACUCGGGCUAUUCAACUAUCAGAGCCAGCAGACGCUGUAUGGCAUUGGAAUGAGAAUGUCACCUUUGAUGUUGAUGUGAGGGACUUACCACGAGGAGGUCGGUUGUGUUUGAGCAUCUGGGCAGUGUAUGGGAGCAACAAGAAGGCCAAGAAGAAGGGACGUGAGAACACCAAGGAGAAGGUGCCUCUAGCCUGGGUCAACCAACCAUUGUUUGAUUAUUGUGGACUGUUGUUGAGUGGCACCAACACUCUGCCAUGUUGGAGUGUGAGCCCAGAGGAACCCAUAGAAGAGCUCCUCAAUCCUAUUGGCACUGUGAUGCUCAACCCAAACACACAAGAUUCCCCCUCCAUUAUGAUCCAGUUCAAAGACUACAGCACUGGGCCAGUCACCUUCCCUGAUCUAGAGGUUGUGUUGGAGGUAGCCUCUAAAGAGAUUGACCUGGCCAGUUACAACCAGAGUGUGCCCAAGGCGUAUGAACGAGAGCUCAAGGAGAUAGUGUCGAGGGACCCACUGGCUCCGUUAUUUGAACAAGAUAAGGAGCUUAUCUGGCGCUUCAGGGUACACCUUCUAGAGUGCACUCCAUCGUCACUACCAAAGCUACUCAACUCUGUCAAGUGGAAUCAUCACAAGGAUGUUGCUGUGCUUGAGUCCAUCAUGGGUGCAUGGCGACCUUUGCCCCCUGAGGAAGCCUUGGAACUGUUGGACUAUGCUUAUCAAGACCCCAAUGUUCGUGCCUAUGCCGUGCGUUGCCUGCAAAUCAUGUCAGACACUGAGAUGUCACAGUAUUUGCUGCAGCUGUGUCAAGUGCUCAAGUAUGAGAGUCACUUGAACUGUCCUCUUGUGUGCUUCCUGUUGGAUCGUGCCUGGAAGAACAAGCGGAUUGGACACUACUUGUUCUGGCACCUUCGCUCUGAGCUAGACUCUCCUGAAGUGGCUCUGAGGUUUGGGCUCAUACUGGAGGCGUAUUUGAGAGGGUCCCCCAAUCAUAUAGUGGAGCUACAGAGACAAGUGGACGGCAUGGCUAAGAUGAGGAACAUAUCAGAGCUGCUACAAAGCAGGCAAUUCAGAGAUAGGGACAAGAAGGCACAAGCUAAAGAGGCCAUGAGGACUCUCUUGUCACAGCAUGCAUAUCGUCAGGUCAUGUGCAACUGUACCUCCAUCCUCAACCCCAAGCUCAAGCUGGGUGAUAUGAGGGUCACAGAGUGCAAGUUCUUCGACUCUAAGAUGCGGCCACUCAUGUUAGCCUAUGAUAAUCCUGACCCUUCUGCUGUGCUACAGGAUGUCAGGAUCAUGUUCAAGAAUGGAGAUGAUCUCAGGCAAGAUAUGCUGACUCUGCAGAUCAUCAAUAUCAUGGACAGCAUCUGGCAACAGGAAGGCAUGGACUUGAGGUUGAUUCCGUAUGGAUGCUUGUCCACUGGAGGUCGUGUUGGGUUCAUCGAGUUGGUACGUCGCUCUGAGACAAUAGCCAACAUUCAGAAGAACAAGAGAGAGGCACAGAGAUCCCGGCUCUCUCUCUGGGACAGCUCCCUGCUGUACUCAUGGCUCAAAGAGAAGAACCCAACAGAGCCACAACUGGUGAAGGCGGCUGAGGCCUUCUCCCUCUCCUGUGCUGGAUACUGUGUGGCUACGUAUGUGCUGGGCAUAGGAGACAGGCACUCUGACAACAUCAUGGUGACUGAGGGGGGACAGUUGUUCCAUGUUGACUUCGGCCACUUCUUGGGCAACUUCAAGGUCAAGUUUGGAGUGCGUAGAGAGAGAGUUCCGUUUGUGCUGGCACAUGACUUUGAGAUCAUCAUUGAGAAACACUAUGGCUUUGACAAGUUUGUGCAGCUGUGUGAGGAUGCGUACAUGAUUCUUCGUCGUCGUGCUGCUCUGUUCAUCAACCUACUAGCCAUGAUGGUACAAACUGGUAUCCCAGAGUUACGCUCUAUAGAAGACCUCAACUAUGUCAGGGAUGCUCUGAUCCUGGGAGUAUCAGAGAAGGAAGCUAAAGAUCACUUCCACUCUAAACUCCAUGAAGCAAGAAGAAAUGCCAAGUACACAGUCAUGAACUGGUUCCUGCAUGGCAUUGCCAAGGACAACAGAUGAACACUCUCCUAGUCAUUCAUAAACUCAUGUGCCUUACCUCUACCUGUGUGUGUGUGUGUGUGUGUGUGUGUGUGGUGUGUGUGCAAUACAUUUUAUUUUGUUGGUAGCAUCCAUUUGCAAAUAAAAAAAGUUAUGAAAAUAA